AUGGUGCUAGACAGGGCCUCUGAUAUUGUCACAGCCGCGACGACGUCCAACGAUGCGCUCCUUAGUAAGCUUUCGGCGCUCAGAGCAGGCUACCUAGUGGAUCCUGCACUUCGGGCAAUCUAUACCAAGCCCUCCCUUCCUCGUAAAGACCCGAUGAUAAAUAGGGGCACGUGGUUUCGGUUCACUUACAUCGAGCAGAUGGCAGUGGCUUUUGCGGCUAAGUAUGCUGGAAACUGUGCAAUUGUUAGUCUUGGAGCCGGUCUCGACACUCUUUACUGGCGUUUACAGCUCAUCGCACAACAAGAAAGGAGCGAAGGGAAGCAAAGUUAUUUCCAUGUCAAGCACUGGAUUGAACUGGACCUGCCAUCAAUUACAGAACUCAAAGCAAAGAAGUUUGACCUUAUGCACGGGGAAACUAUUGACAUGCCUAUGUCUGAGGACUGUGCUGUCCGGCCAUUUCAGGAGGGCCAGGUAAUUCUGUAUCGUCCCAAAAGGGAGCAUGCCGAAACUACCCCAGAGGCACUGCGCGUCGAUCUGCCGGGCUAUCAGCUUUAUGCGGCCAAUCUGGAAAUGCGUAAGACAUGGAUGCCGCUGGUGCGAAAGAUUGUAGCAGACGAAAAAGGGGAUACGACGCUGCCCGUGCUCUUCUUGUCUGAGGUGUGCUUGUCGUACUUAGACGCCGACUCGACCGUAGGCAUCAUACGGGACCUUCCAACCUAUUUCAACAAUUUUGGGCUUGUCUGCUUUGAGAUGGUCAACCCUUCAGACUCAUUUGGGGAGAUGAUGCAGAUCAACAUGGCAGAGCGUCAAGUCGUUAUGCCCUCAUUUGUGGAGCUGGGCUUUACGGCUCAGUAUCGUAAGCUCUUCCAGCUGAGCGGCUAUGAAGCCUCGUAUGCUAAAGAGGCGGGGGAUGUGUAUCGCAGCUUUUGGCCAGCUAGACGCCGCGAGAUAGAACAGCUCGAGCUCUUUGAUGAGUUUGAGCAAUGGAAUCUGAUUAUGGGGCACUACGCAUGUAUAAUGGGGUGGACCGGCAUCGAGAAUCUCGAGGAGAUGCUGGCGUCUGUUGGGCAAAGCGCAGAUUCCCCCGACAAGUAA